UUUUAACAAAAAAGAAUCACAUGAAAAUCAUAGAGUGAUCUAGAAUUUUUCUUCUUUUAUUAAAGACUAAAAAUUAUCUAUAUCAUUUCUAUUAACCAAAAAUAAAUGAAAACAAGACAGAAACAUGUAACUGAAAGCAAAAUAAAAAGAAACAAAAAUAUUUUUGAAAAAGGAUCUAAAUCUAUGUUACAAUCUUCAUCCCAAAAUAAGGAGUCAAACAUAUCAACUGGAGAAACAUCUAGACAAAUGGAAAAUAACUUAUCAGUAAAAAAUACUAUAAAUGAUGAAGAUCUAAAUCUUAUGGUUAAAAAUUUUAUCCGACUUGCACUUGCUCUUGAACAUAACAGAACACCUAUAAAAAAAGAAGAUAUUUCAAAAAAAGUCCUUUUGCCGUCGCAUUCACGCUCUUUUGCUAUUGUAUUUGAAAAAACACAAGAAAAACUCAGAAAUGUUUUUGGUAUGGAGCUCGUAGAAUUACCCUAUAAAAAUAAUUGCAAACACAUAUCUACAUCACAUUUACGUAAAAAUCAAAAUUUUCAAACACAUAAUCCAUUUUCUAUAGCACAUUUAAACAAAAGCUGGAUAUUAUGUAGCAUUUUAGAUCCUAAAUAUUCAGACUUAAUUUUUGAAGUUCCAACUAUUAAAGAAGGUAUUUUUUCGGGAAUUGUUAUGACAAUAUUAAGCAUAUUAAUUAUGAAUGGCGGAGAAAUUUCAAAUGAACUUCUUAUAAGAUAUUUAUCACAAUUGCAAAUGGAUAACGAUACAUCUAUAGGAAACCUUGAUAAAACUUUAAAAGAAAUGGUAAAAAAAGGAUAUUUAGAAAGAAUAAAGGACGACAUUACAUCUGCAAACGAAGGAGAGAAAAACUAUACUUAUUUAUUAGGACCUCGGGGAAAAACUGAAAUUGAUCCAGAAAGCUUAACAACUUUUAUUAAAAAAAUACAAGGCGAUGCUGCUCCUCAGAAUUUAAAAGAAAUAGUAAAAAAAUUAUUUAAUAAAAGUAUAUCUAGCGAACCUUAAAGAAUUAGAUACAAAAUCUCCUAAAAUACAAUAAAAAAAUAUUCCGUAUUUAGAAAACAAAUAAAACAUUUAUAAACCAAAAUAAUAUAUAACAAUAAGACAAUAUUAAAUCAUAUAUAAAAAUAUAAUUAGAAAGAAAUAUUAACAUAUGUACAAUAGCUAAAACGCUUUUCACAAAAAUUAAUCUUAAAA